GAUGGCUCGACUUCAAUUGGCUUGAUACGGGGUUAGGGUUUCCGCUUUGUGAGUUGAACGGAUAGGUCGAAGAUGGCGUCGACAAGGUCUGCAAAUAGUUCUCAAGAGAAUCUUUUAGAUUCAACACCGUUGCUUGGGAAUUCAGGAGGAAAUCGAGAUGAUGAUCGAAGUCGUCGAUUUGGUCGGGGACCUAGUUUACGUGGAGCUGCUCGUUUCCUUCGGAGAGCGAGCAGUCGCCGGAUGAUGAGGGAGCCGUCGAUGCUAGUGAGAGAGACGGCUGCGGAACAGUUGGAAGAACGACAGAGCGAUUGGGCUUAUUCGAGACCAGUUGUUGUUCUGGAUAUUAUUUGGAAUUUGGCGUUUGUUGUGGUAGCUAUCGCUGUUCUUAUUUUGAGCCGGAACGAGUCCCCCUCUAUGCCUUUGAGGCUUUGGGUUGUAGGGUAUGCUCUGCAGUGCGUGCUGCACAUUGUUUGCGUUAUUGUUGAGUAUAGGCGUCGCAAUCCAUCUCAGCGGCGAUUAAUAUCCUCGGAGCCUAAUGGAGAUAGGAGUAGUGGGACUUUGAGCUCAAGCUCUCGGGAGGAUGCGGGCGAUGCUGGCGAGUAUGGUGAAUAUGCUUCAGAGCCGCAUCAGGACGAGGAGGGAACCAGUGUUGCAAAGCAUUUGGAAUUUGCAAAUACGAUGUUUUCAUUCAUAUGGUGGAUUAUUGGAUUCUACUGGGUAUCUUCGGGUGGCCAAGCUUUGACUCAUGAUUCGCCUCAGCUCUACUGGCUUUGCAUAAUUUUCCUUGCAUUUGAUGUUUUCUUUGUCGUUUUUUGUGUGGCCCUCGCAUGCGUGAUUGGUAUUGCUGUUUGCUGCUGUCUUCCAUGUAUUAUUGCAAUCCUAUAUGCUGUUGCAGAUCAGGAAGGUGCAUCCAAGGAGGACAUUGAGCAACUACCGAAAUACAAAUUCCGGAAGAUUGGUGAUUAUGAGAAACUCAGUGGUGAGAUACAAGGACCUUUUGGAGGAAUAAUGACUGAAUGUGACGCUGAAACACCCAUUGAGCAUGUUCUUUCACUGGAGGAUGCUGAAUGUUGCAUUUGCCUCUCUGCCUAUGAUGAUGGAGUUGAGCUGCGUGAGCUUCCUUGUGGUCACCAUUUUCACUGUACCUGCAUAGACAAGUGGUUGUACAUCAAUGCUACUUGUCCACUCUGCAAGUACAACAUCUUAAAGAGUGGAAGCCAAGGUAGGGAGGAGGUGUAGAGUGAGUUUCAGCUGUUCCCAGCUUUGUAAGCCUCUCUGUUGAAUUCUUCUCCUCAUUGUGCUUGUCAACUCACUCUUGGGCAAGAUAUGUCAUACCAUGCGUGCAUGCGUGUGUGUGCAAACAUGCUAGUCCGUGUGUCUUGUCUCUUUACAACAUACAAGUACAUAUUCGGAUGCUGAAGUGGCUGUGUAUAUGUUUUGCAUUACAAGGGAACUUAUGAGACGGCCCUUUAUCAA